ACGCGUCUGCAAUACAGAUCAGGGCCGGGGAGGGGGGGCUUGCUUUGUGGGGGCCUGGCUGGCAGCUGGGGCCCAUUGAUUGCCCCCCAGGCCGGGGCCCCCCAGCGGGACAGCCCCCUGGCCCCAAUUAUAGGGCCUUCUCCCCUUAUUGGCUGUGGCGCGGCUGCUCUGGGCAGCACGUGGGGAGCAGCAGCAGAGGACGGGCCCCUUGCAGCCAGCCCUCCUCCUCCUCCUCCAGGAGUCCAGGUUGCGGGUUCCUCCCCGCUGCCGUGCAGUGGGGCAUUGCUGCCCGGGCCGAGCUGGGCUAGGCUGCAGCCCACGCGGCGCUUUCCUUCCUUCCUUCCCUGCCUCCCCCCUCCCUGGCCUUGGUACGCUCCACUGGCCCGUCUCUUCGGGGCUUUUCCAACGCGUGGCGGGGGGAGGGGGGGGAGAAGAAGGGCGUGGGAGGGAGCUCUUGCCGGCGGCGGCGGCGGCGGAGGAGAGGAAGAUGUCAGACGAGGAAGAGACCGCCUUGCGGGAGGGCUGCCAGAAGCCUAAGCUCUCACCUUGGCUCCAGUCCCCUUGGAAGGAAGAGGUGCUGCUGCCCUUGGAAGGGGACCCCCUUUCUUGCGCUGGCCCCUCCAGUGCUGCCGAUGGCUCACAGGAAAAGGCAGCACCACCACCUCUGUCCCCUGCCUCUUUUAAGAGAUCGCUUCUAGAUGGAUGGGAUCAGCCGAUCGACAGCCCUUGUGAGAAGCAAGCAGAGCACCGAUAUAAGACCACGCCAACUUUUGGAGCUAUUUUUGAAAAUUCCACGCCUGCCGAAUACGAGAUUUCUCAUGAGGAGCGUUGUGCUGCUAUUACCAGAGACAUGUGUGACCUGCUUCUUGGAGACCUGCCCUAUCAAGGCUGUAUGAGCAGCGUGGCAGCAUUCAUCUUGGAGAGAGAGGUGGUUGACAGUCCCAGCCCUUGCAAGGAGACCUACGAGCUGGUUGCCCUUGGAACGGGAGAUGCUUGUUAUGAGGGCUGGAUGGAGUUCAGUGGCCAGAGAAUCCACGAUAUGCAUGGUCUCGUGGUGGCCCGCAGAGCGCUGCUAAGGUACUUGUACAAGCAGCUCCUCCUGUUCUCCAGCCAAGACCCCACAGCCCUUGAGAAGUGCAUUUUCUGCCCAGCAAAGGAUGGGGUGCACCUGACUCUGAAGCCGAUGCUGUUUCUGCAUCUGUACCUGAGCUGCAGGCCUAAGGGAGCUUCGGAGAGCUUCCACUCUGUGCCGUCGCAGCUGAGUACAUCAUUUGGGCUCCACGUCGGCGUGAAAGGUGCCCUCGGGCCCAUCUCGUUCUGUCGCCCGAGCACACUGGCUGCCUACAGCUAUAGCCUCUCUGGCAGCGACAAACUGACCCUCUGGAGGGCUGUGGGCGUCCAGGGGGCCCUUCUCAGCCACAUCAUCGGCCCUGUGUACAUCACCAGCAUCGUCCUGGCUUAUCCCUACCAAGACCACACUACCCUUCACCGGGUCAUCAACGGGCGCCUGCAGCAGGAGGGUUGGACGGAGCCCUACCAGCAGCACCAGGUGCACCUCUUUGCAGGUCCUUGCGUGGCUCCUCUCGAUGUGCCGCCGUCAGAAUGUCACUCCUACAGCCUCAACUGGUGUGGCGGAGACGAGAUGUUGGAGCUCGUGCACCGGGCUUCUGGGAAGGCAGCGAAAGACAUUUUGAAUCCAGCCGACCAGUUCCGUCCUAGUCGUCUCUGCAAGGCUGCCAUGCUGAAAUCUUUCAGGAAGGUGGCUCAGGGGAUGAUGAGAGAGGACCUGAUGUUGCUGCCCACAUGCCACGAAGCAAAGGUUCAGGCCGAGGCCUAUCAGAGUGCCAAGCGCCAGGCCUAUGCCCAGCUGAGCUCGCAAGGCUUCGGCAAGUGGCCGAAAAAGCAGCUGGUGGACCUCUUUGCCAACUAGACUGCCCUGGCAAGUAAAUGAAGGCCUGCAAAGCGGAGACUCUUUCAGGCUCAAGAUGGAUGGAGACAACUGGACACUGCUAAAUACGUCUCUGAUGCGGCUUGUACGAAGGUACUCGGCUAUGGUGCAAUCAGGGAGUGAGGUCUUUCAUGUUGCUGAGGCAGGCAUCGCUUACUUGCUGUGUUUCCCUGCGUGUGCAGGUCGCGGGUGCUUUUGAGUGUCCUCUUUUCUCUGUAGAUCUGCUGGAUGUGUUUGCAGCAGUGCAGCACGUGACACACAAGGGAUGCCAACUCUCCGACUGGUACUGCUGUGUGUCUCUGUAAGGAUUAUGUGAUGUCUGGUUGGUGGUUUUGUUUUAAGCACAUUCUUUUCUCCAGGAGUGCUUAAUAAGCCAAAAUCUUCAUGUUUUGUUGCUGUUGAAUGUUUCCUUUUUGAUCUUUAAGGAUUGUCUUCAGGAUAUAUUUUUGCUCUUUUCAACUGAAAGACUUCCUUGCUUGAGCUGUUAAUGGCAGGAACCUUGGUCUGUCAAACAAAACUGUAGUAUGACCUCUCUGCCUAUCACUGUUCAGUAUUACCAUUUUGCUUUGAGGAGGAGUCGAGGAGAAACCGACCUAUCCAGGUGCUCCUUCAUUAGUGGAUUCUCACCCCAAUACACCUCUGUUUUCUUUGAAAAUGUUUGUGUGAAUUGUUGCUUUCUUAACAGCUCAGUAAAGAAGCGUUGACCUCGAAA